CAGCGCGUGAGCCAGACUGCCAGAGAGCAACACAACGAGAAAUAGCCCAAAAGAAAAAAAAGAGAAAAAAGGAAAAGAAAAUAGAAAGAGAUAAAAGGAAACGAGAGAGGGCUUCGUCUCUUCGAGCCUGUUUCAGUGUUGUGUUUUGCUUGAACGAGAAAAGAGAAAUCCCUCCGAGUCAACUCGGACGAGUUGCCUCACCCAUUUUUACAUCGUAGCUUACCACCUCGUACUCGGUUCUGCCGUCCUCUCUUCGAUAACCCUCACGAAUUCGCCGUUGAUUUGUUUUUCCUUUUUCUCUUGCGAUAUUUUUUUUUUCCGUUCAGAUCUCGGCAUUGGGGGGUGUUCGGAUUCCAAGAUUCAGCUCAAUCGAUUUCGGGGUUUUGUUUGUGGUUUUUGCCAUGUGGGCAUGAUGGCCUACUAGAUGUUGCAUUCACCUAGUGUUACUAGCUGUUUCCCUUUUGCUUGUUUGGUUAUUCACUUGCAAGGUUGGACUCUGUAAUUUUGGGGUUGAGUGAUUAAUGAUCGUUGGGGUCCAAGGCAUUAGUUUCACACAAUCAACAUUGUCUCUCGAGUUUGGAAUUUACUGUGGAGGGAAAAAGAAGAAGAAGAAGAAGCCUUAUUUCUUCCACUGCCACCACCUUUGUUCCUUCCUCUGAUCUUUGCUCCGGUUCAUGUCUCGGAAGCUAGAGAGUCCUGUUCAGACUCAGAUGGCUGUUGCAGUGAUAAGGAGCCCACUUAGCAGAGAGUACCAUGGGAACCAGACGGUGGGAGUAGGAGGAGGGAGACAACCUGCUGGGAGGAGGCGAGUUUUCGUGCAGACCGAGAAGGGAUGUGUACUUGGGAUGGAAUUGGAUCGUAGUGACAAUGCCCAUACGGUCAAGCGGAGGUUGCAGAUUGCCCUUAAUGUCCCGAUUGAAGAGAGCUCACUGACAUUUGGGGAUAAGGUCUUGAAGAAUGACCUUAGCGCUGUUCGCAAUGAUUCUCCACUGCUUCUUACCAGGAAUCUAAUGCAUAGGAGCUCAUCGACGCCCUGCCUGUCACCAUCCGGAAGGGAUAUCCAGCAAAGGGACAAGAGUGGUCCAAUUGAGAUAUUGGGACAAUCGAGCCACCUUGAUAGAAUGAAACAUAUGGUUAAUGACAUAAGUAAGGCCAUCAAGAUGGGAAUAGAUCCUGUUCCUGUUCAUAGUGGUCUUGGAGGGGCUUACUAUUUCCGGAACAGCAAGGGCGAGAGUGUUGCGAUUGUGAAACCUACAGAUGAGGAGCCUUUUGCCCCGAAUAACCCAAAAGGAUUUGUGGGAAAAGCUCUUGGACAACCUGGUUUGAAACGGUCUGUUCGGGUUGGGGAGACAGGGUUCAGGGAAGUUGCAGCGUAUCUUCUUGACUACGACCAUUUUGCUAAUGUGCCUCCUACAGCGUUGGUUAAGGUUACUCACUCGAUCUUCAAUGUCAAUGAUGAGGUCAAUGGGAACAAUCUUGCCAGCAGUUCAUACCCCAUGAUUUUGAUGCGAGUGAUCAUGGGACAUCUAGCUUCCCUGUUGCAUCUGUGCAUCGUAUCGGGAUAUUAGACAUUAGGAUUCUUAACACGGAUAGGCAUGCUGGAAAUUUGUUAGUUCGGAAACUAGAUAGCACUGGUGCUUUUGGUGAAGUGGAGUUGAUUCCCAUUGAUCAUGGGCUUUGCCUUCCAGAAACCUUGGAGGACCCUUACUUUGAAUGGAUUCAUUGGCCACAGGCUUCAAUUCCAUUCUCCGAGGAUGAGCUUGCUUACAUUGAAAAUCUUGAUCCUGUCCGAGAUUGUGACAUGCUACAAAUGGAGCUACCAAUGAUUCGAGAGGCUUGUCUGAGAGUAUUAGUGCUCUGCACCAUAUUCCUCAAGGAGGCUGCUGCGUAUGGUCUCUGUCUCGCUGAGAUCGGUGAGAUGAUGACCCGGGAGUUCCGCAGGGGUGAGGAGGAACCCAGUGAGCUCGAGGUGGUUUGUUUGGAGGCGAGGAAAUUGUUGGCAGAAACUGAGGAACUAUCUCCUCGUAGUGAGCCAGGUGACAUCGAAUUCCAGUUUGACAUAGAUUAUGAUGAAGAUGGGUCAGGUUGCAACACAAAGAUGGCAACAGAUGAUCCCUUUACUCUUACUAGAGUGCCUUUUCAAUCUGGACUCGGAAAUGGGCAUGCACGCAUCCCACUUUCAAAGCUUGAUGAGUGCGUCGAGGAAGGAGAGGAGGAAAGUGAUGGAGAAUCUCCUCAGGAAUUAGUCACUCUUUCUUCUCAGGAAAAGAUCUCAACUGUUUCAAAACUCUCCAUGUCACUGAAAGGUACCAUGCUAGGCGAGAAAUGCCCCCAGAGUCACCAGAAGCAUUCUGGAGGGAAAGCCGAAAAUGGGUAUUUUGCAAAUUCAUCAUCCGGUCAUAGGAGUGCCAGCGAGCAGCUUCCUGCGAGUGUUAGCUUUGUGAAGCUUGCGGAUAUGACCGAGGAUGAAUGGACAUUGUUUCUGGAGAAGUUUCAAGAGCUGCUGUAUCCGGCAUUUGCGAAGAGGAAGUCGAUAACCUUAGGUCAGAAGCAGAGGCAGAGGCUCGGUACUUCGUGCCAGUUUUGAGGUUUGAGCAAAUUAUGUUGGUAUCAUAGAAAGAGAGAGUACUAUAGGAUGGAGAAUAAAGCUGCUUAUGAUUAUAUAAAUUUCUGGGAAUGAAGGAUUUGUUAGGAGUAUUUCUGGUUUUACGAGAGAUUUGGAUAUAGGAGAACUGCUGUAAAUAUUGCUUGGCAUCUGCUAAGUGGUGAGACAUUAGAAUUUGUUUGUAUUUUUUAUUUUUGUUAUUUCAUUUUUUCUUUACUUUUUUAUUCUCCCCUGCACUUUUGUCUGAUAAAUAAUAUGUAGGAUUAAAAAAAAAGAAAUCAUGAAAUGAAAUUUUAUGUAUAUAGUGAA